AAUAUCCAUGGAAAAAUGAUCAUCAUCAUAUUAUUGUGAUUUUCAUCGAAAGAUCAAGUUUUCAUAUUACGCUUAAAUUUGAGUUUUAAAUGACAAUUAUAUACUUUGAUAGCUGUGGAAAGAAAAGACUUUGAAAAGGACAGCAAGGCAUUGCAAAAAAAUUGAAAGACUCGUGGAUAAUACAUUAUUUACAUGAUGAAUGGAUUAUUAAAUAGGAAACCAAUUAGUGAAGAAGAUUAACAAUAGUAAAUGACAAAGGAAUAAACCUGAAGCGAUCCGAAGAUAAUAUCUAAUGCAGAGCACAUUUAUUAUGCGAGCGAAUAUAUUUGCUUCAACUGUCUAAGAGAAAAACAGUAUUAUAUUUCGUAAAAGUAUCUAGAUAUAUUUUCAGAAUGUUUCAAAACGCAAUGUCACCUUCCCAGGUCUACCAAAGUUUAUUCAGGACUUUACCGCUCGUACCGCAACCGGUACCGUCUUCGUCGGCGUCGUUUUUAGUAGAGAACUUACUACGCGAAGGACAGUCGGCACUUAUAGCUAGGCCUAUGACAUCUAUACCGACAGGCGUCGUCGGACUGCCGGGAAUGGGAGUAUCAAGUGUACCGUCAAUUGCACGUAAUAUAGACCAAUUAAACACUAUGACCUCAUUAGCGUCACAUUCGAACGUUGUGAGCAAUGUGAACAAUGUAACGCCGUACCUAAAGUUUGGAGUUAACGCAAUACUGGGAUCUGAUAGCACUGAUUCCAAAUCUAGUCCUCCAAGACCGUUUUUGACAAGUACACCACAAUUGCAACAACAACAACAGAGUGGAAGCCCGGUCUCGUGUCCUAAACCCUGCAGUCCAAGUCUUGGAUGCCAGUCAUGUAUCCCCAGGCAACCGUCAAUAUACGAACAUCCGUUCCACGGCAUGCUAAGACACCCAUACUUUUCAGGUUCUCCAUUACUACCGAUGCCGAAUGCAUUCUCCUUCCUCAGUCAGAUGCGAGGAAAACCUCGCCGAGGUAUGCUUAGACGGGCUGUCUUCUCAGACAUGCAGAGGAAGGGAUUGGAAAAGAUGUUCCAGAAACAAAAAUACAUCAGCAAACCCGACAGAAAGAAAUUGGCUGCAAAACUGGGCUUGAAAGAUUCCCAGGUUAAAAUUUGGUUUCAGAAUCGAAGAAUGAAAUGGCGCAAUUCCAAGGAGAGAGAACUUUUGUCGUCUGGAGGAUCACGUGACAAUACAUUACCGAAUAAAAAUAAUCCACAUCCAGAUUUGAGUGACUUGAAUAAAAGUAGUGACGUAGAAGAACAGACUGAGCAUGACUAUCAUUCAGCGCAUGCGCUUGAGCAUAAAAUUGACUCUCCCGAAACAAGCCCAUAUUCUCAAGUGACAAUGAAUUCCCAAGAAAUUUUUCGACAAAUUGGUGACGUUGACGAUGACGUAGAGUCUGUUUCGGAUAGCUGCGAUGAAGAGAUUGAUGUUUCAUAAAUAUAUUUGACAGACUUGAUUAUAUUCUAAGCAAUAUGUUCACCAUUCAUUUUUAUAUCUUCUUCAUUCUGCAUUUGGCAAUAUUGUUAAGUAUUCCAUUUCAAGUGUACGUAUGUGGAGUGAAAUGAUAGACUGAAGGAAGUGGACCCGUAUUGAAAAUCGGCAAGUAAUGUAUUCUUCGUAUGCGAUUUCGGUAUUCUUCGUUUUUUUUACGGAAAGCUACGUACGCGUUGGAAUACAUUUACGUCCGAAGAGUGCCGAAAUGCCUAAUAAAUACGUAAUCACACGGAAAUUGUCGAGUUUCAUUACGGGUCCACUACCUUAAUUAAUCAAUGAUCUAUGGCAUAGUGAUCUAUGGCAUCACUACAACUUUGUAAUUCAGGAUACCAAAUGACUUCAGUGAUUACAAUUUGUCCAUACCUCUCUUUCAUCGGUACUCUUUAUGUAUUUGAUGAUAUUGUUAACGUGUACCAGGGUGUAAAGUUUUCGAAAAGCUUAAUACUGAAAAUGUGUACAAUAAAACGGCUGUAGAAUCUCAGACUUGCUUAAUACUGCAGCAGCAGACAUUUACUUGCGUGGUACCUAGGUGCACAUUGAUUCUUAGUAAUGUAGUAAAGGAAGAACAAGUCAGUUUCCCCUAAACAGUUGUGCAGUAAUAAAAAAGUGUGUGAGAGAUUUCGUCCAGGAAGAUAACUGCUGCUUAUUUAUUCAUACACGCAUAUUAACUGCUAUUGUCAAUGUUAAAAGGUAUGUUUUUGCAUGCAGCUUGCAUUGAAGAUUAUCAUGUGUUUCGCAAUCUGUUGUAUCUAAACCAGAAAUUAUUCCCUUUAAUAGAAAUCUAUUUUUGUCGCAGGGAUUUUUUGUUUAUGUUCAUGUAAGUGUAAGAAUAAUGUGCAAUAUUUAUAAACAUACAUGUGUUAACAAACUUAAAGGCAUUUUACAGGAAAAAGAAGAGCAAUUUUAGAUAAUGUUACGGUGCUUCCAUUUUCUUUUUCAACUUCAUAAUACAGAUAUUUCCAACAAUGAGAGUUUUUGUUAGAGAAUCCAUUUCAAACGAUUUAUACCUCAAUAUGUGUGCGUUUCUGUUUUCUUUUGCAAAAUCAGAAGUAUUCCUGUCCAUUUGUAUUCGGCUAUUUGUAAAGAAACUUUACUUGUAUUUUGAUUUUUCUUUGUUUUCAUUUAUCAUUCCAUUGAUAUACAAUAUUUACCACUUCCAGCAAAUUUAUCAUUAUUAUACAAUUUACGAUUUAUUGUUUGUUUUAUUUCUAUGUGGAGAAAAAUGAAAAAUAAAUGAAUGUGCUUCCAUUCA